AUGACAGUGUCAUUACCCAAGGAAAAAAGAAAAAAGAUUAUCAAUUCCGUUAAACAAUUUAGGGGGAGAGAAGAAUGUAAAAUUCGGGAAUUUGCUAAAUUUAUUGGUAUAUUAACGUCUGCAUGUCCAGCAGUUAAGUAUGGCUGGCUCUACACGAAAGCAUUUGAACGUGAGAAAUUUUUAGCUCUCCAAAGUUGUAAUGGAAAUUACAAUUCCCGCAUGUCGAUUCCUAGCAACUUGUCAAAUGAUUUUGAUUGGUGGUUAACUAACAUUCCAUUCGCCUUUAAUUCUUUGGGGCCAAUGAUUUAUAAAAUUGAAAUUUUUUCUGAUGCCUCCCCCAGCGGUUGGGGAGUAUGUUGUAAUGGCGAAAAAUCCCAUGGUUUUUGGUCUCCAACUGAGAAAACUCACCACAUUAAUUAUUUGGAGCUCCUGUCAAGUUUUUUUGGUCUAAAAUGUUUUGCAUCUCAUCUAUCUAACGUCAACAUUUUAUGUCGAAUUGAUAACACCACGGCCAUUGCAUAUAUCAAUAGGAUGGGAAGUAUUCAGUUUCCCAAACUAAACAUUUUGACCAAAGAAAUUUGGCAGUGGUGCGAAAGACGAAAUAUUUAUAUUUUCGCCUCGUACAUAAAAUCCAAAGACAAUACAAUUGCUGACCAAGAAUCCCGGAGUCUCGACAUUGCCACUGAAUAUGAAUUAAACCAAGAUAAAUUUCAAGUUAUUACAUCUUCUUUUGGGCAGCCACAGAUCGAUCUAUUUGCUUCGAGAACUAAUGCAAAAUGUAAAAAAUUUGUAUCCUGGGAAAAAGAUCCAGAAUCUUGGGCAGUGGAUGCAUUUACUCUAGACUGGGGCCAGUUUUACUUUUACGCCUUUCCUCCAUUUUCAGUCAUUCUACGUGUUCUUCAAAAAAUAAUUGACGAUAAAGCUGAGGGAGUUGUCGUAGUUCUAAAUUGGAAUUCACAACCGUGGUAUCCGGGUUUUCGCUCCUUACUAGCACAAGCUCCUAACUCCACACCCGCUCUGGAAAAAUCUUUCCCUGGUGGCCGGAGUCUUAUCGUGCAAGCACUACAAAAUGGAAAAGUCCCGGACAUGUCAUUAGAGAUCUGCACAGCUUCAAUAUCAAACUCGACAAACAAACAAUAUAACGUAGGUUUAAAACUGUGGUGGCAAUUUUGUUGUGAUAAAAAUAUAGAUGUCUUUGAUAUUACUGUACCCUUAGUUUUAGAAUUUUUAACAAUCCGCUUUAACAAAGGGGCAUCCUAUAGCUCUCUUAAUUGCUACCGAUCCGCAAUAUCACAAAUAGCCUCACCAGAUUUAGCUAAUGAUUAUAGAUUAAAAAGAUUUUUUAAGGGAGUGUACGGUUUAAGACCCAGUUUACCUAAGUACAACGUUACCUGGGAUCUUUCCACUGUUCUUACCUAUGUAAAAACUCUUUCUAACGAAAACAUUAAAUUAGACAUUUUAACACAAAAGGUGGCCAUAUUACUGGCUCUUACAACUGGACAGAGGGUACAAACUUUAGCGAGUAUUCAACUAGAGAAUUUAGUUAUUUCUAAAGACAAUAUAACAAUUAAGAUUCCUAAAAGAAUAAAAACCUCAGGACCUAACAGAUUUCAACCCACAUUAGUACUGCCCAUUUUCAAACAAGACUUAGAAAUAUGUGUUUAUACAGCUAUUUUAUGUUAUCUUAAGCGAACAAAAAAUUUAAGAAACACUUCUUGCAAAAGUCUUUUUAUAUUACCCAAAAAGCCUCACAAAGAUGCGAGUUCUCAGUCUAUCAGUAGAUGGAUUAAAUGUAUGUUAAGCAAAAGUGGUGUGGAUAUUUCUAUGUUUACCGCACACAGCACCAGGCACGCUGCAACUUCUGCAGCUGCCCGUAAAGGUGUUAGUCUCGACACUAUUAGGCUGUCAGCAGGCUGGACCGAAAAGUCCAAUACUUUUGCAAACUUUUAUCAACGACCGUUACUUUCUAAAAAUACUUUUGCAAAUGACGUUUUGUCUUGUUAA